CAUUAGGAACUUUCUACGAAGCAUAUUCAUAACGUUUUGUAAGCUGUAGCUUGAACUUGUGAGAUAAGCGUUGUUCAGAGAAAGAAUGGUAACGGCGCGUUGUUAAAUAUUUGUAUAUGAUUUUUUAUGCGUGGUAAUUGUUUAACAAAAAACGUUACCGUUCUUCGUUAAGGUCUUCAAACACAUAAGUGCGUAACACCGCGAUGCUAGUUGGCUUGCGUGUCACACCUUCCUCAAAUUACCGGACGUUUCAUUAUCAGGAACUGUGUGGAGGAGUGUCAACAGAUGGAUUCUCUCCAAGGUCCGUUUGCCAGGACUCUAUGGAGUGUCUGGAACUACAUAACGGAAGCUGUGGAGAGGCUGCUCAGACCGGAGCCAGUCGUCGUGGGAACCACUGAUGGAGACUCAGGACGCGCAGAGAGAGCGGAUGGGGAGCGCGUGGACCACGUGGCCGAUGUCGGGGUCCUCGAGGAGAGAGGGAGGGCAGAGGUCUCGGCCUGGCCGCAGUCUACCGUCUCCUGGGACCAGUGCAGCGAGGGAGAGCCUGUGCUCAGAGAGGGAGAGCCUGUGCUCAGAGAGGGAGAGCCUGAGCUCAGAGAGGGAGAGCCUGAGCUCAGAGAGGGAGAGCCUGAGCUCAGAGAGGGAGAGCCUGAGCUCAGAGAGGGAGAGCCUGAGCUCAGAGAGGGAGAGCCUGAGCUCAGAGAGGGAGAGCCUGAGCUCAGAGAGGGAGAGCCUGAGCUCAGAGAGGGAGAGCCUGAGCUCAGAGAGGGAGAGCCUGAGCUCAGAGAGGGAGAGCCUGAGCUCAGAGAGGGAGAGCCUGAGCUCAGAGAGGGAGAGCCUGAGCUCAGAGAGGGAGAGCCUGAGCUCAGAGACAGCCCAGCAUUACAUCACUAUGUGGAGGAAGAAGACCAGAGAGGAGAAUGUGACACCCGAACAAGAGAAGAGGAAGACCUGGCAAAAGAAGAGGCAGAUCUAGGUGAAGAGGCAGUUCUAGGUGAAGAGGCAGAUCUAGGUGAAGAGGCAGCGAGAAAGAUGGGUGAAGAAGACGUACCGAGUGGUGAGGAAGGACUGUCCGAUGAGGAACAUGACGACACUGACGGCUGUCCCAAACCCCCACCAGUCCUCCAAGACGUGUCCAAUGAAAAACAAGAACUGGAGACAUGCCUCGUUGCCGCGGAGAUGAGGUUAGAUGACGUGGUGCAAAAGGCCAGUGACAAUAGACAGUCUGUGUCAAAAGAUGAGACAACUGUUGUGACAGGACAACAGAUGAUGGAAGAGACGACUGAGAGAGGAGACGGCAAAGAAAGCCUCCAGACAGCGAGUGUCACAGACGAGGACACGGCCCCUAGGAAAACAUGGCAGGAGGCACGAGGAACCGCUGAGAUGGAGGGCAGAGAGAUGGACUCGAUAGGAUCAGCGGGUGUCGGAAGGACUCUGAGAGAAGAGGAGAGAGAGGAGGAGAGAGAGGAGGAGAGAGAAGAGGAGAGAGAGGAGGAGAGAGAGGAGGAGAGAGAGGAGGAGAGAGAGGAGGAGAGAGAGGAGGUGUGUGACGAUGAAAUCCCUGAACUAAACACUUUCUGCGACCAGCCACAUUUUUUUUACAUGGAUCAAAUGAUAAUACAGGAAGAUAAAGUGCCAGAAAGAGAGCUGGUCAGUGGCGGCAUUGGAGGUGCUGUUACCUCAACCGCUGUGGACAAAGUCAUGGAAAACAAUGGAGUGGAAAUCAGAGAGCUCAGAGAUAUUUCCCCGGAGAGAAGUCGGGGGUCUUGGGUGUUCCUGGAGGCAGGGAGAGCAGGCUGUGAAAGAAACGGAGAGGAACUUCCUGAAUACAACAAUGGCCGAGAGCUGGAUGAGGAUACGACACAAAAGAUCCUGGAAUUUGGGAAUGAUGACGAAAGAGGGACCGCCCAGUUACGAGAAGUAAACAUAGGUUCUUACGGCGAGGAGGCGGAGAGUGUAGAAGCUGUUGUACAAGCUGUUGUACAAGCUGUUGUAGAAGGUGGUUGUGCAGCCCUCUGUCCAGCGGCGAGGGAGGAAUGGGACGAGGAAGAAGACCCAGACUCUGCUGAGGCAUCACAUGAGGACAGGAGCCCAAGUGUGAUCAUGGAGGAGAGGUCUGAAACACUGAGCCUCUCAGAACCCACACCGCUCGAGGACACGGACAAAUCAGAUGUUCCAACGAACAAAACAGAGAUUCAUGCGCUCAAAGAUUUAGCCAUAGAACUUUCAGAAGAGGAGACACACCCAGAGGCUGAGGUAUCAAAGCAAGGAGAGGGAAAGUUGGGAGCAGAAACCGUGCAGGAGGAGGAUGGAUUAGCUAUCGAGGCAGUUAUCGAUCUGUGGACAUCAGUGUUUGGUGAGACUGCCUCGUCAGAAAGGGAACAGGCUGUGGACAAAUCCUCAGAGGUUAAAUCUGAAUUACAGUGGAUGACCGAGGCUAGUUUACCAGAAGAGCCUAUGGAAGCAGAACUCCUGGAGAAAGACCUAGCUGGAACCAUCAGAUGGACAGCUGGGAGGAGCAGCAAUGUAGGAGCAGAGACGGAGGCAGAGAGACCGGAGGUGGAGACAGAGGCAGAGAGACUGAAGGUGGAGGCAGAGAGACCGAAGGUGGAGGCAGAGAGACCGGAGGUGGAGGCAGAGAGACCGGAGGUGGAGGCAGAGAGACCGGAGGUGGAGGCAGAGGCAGAGAGACCGGAGGUGGAGACAGAGAGACCGGAGGUGGAGGCAGAGGCAGUGACAGAGGGAACAUUGGACUCUGAGCAGGAGGAAGCAGGGAAGACGGAGGAGGAAGAUGAUGGACUGUCAGAUAAACCAUCUGAGGAUGAACCUAAACAGAGCGGGAUGGAGGCUGGAGUAUUUCAUGAUUUAAUGGAAACCGAGUUUAGAUUACCAGAAGAUAUGGCUUCUUUACUCAUGCCAGAGGAGAUGGAGGAGGGAGAACCGGUGGGAUCUCUGGAUGAGGGGAACAGGGAGUGGGAGGGAGGGGUGUUGGAUGAGAUGGAGGCAGAGGCAGAGACGGCAGGUUGGAGGUCUGAGGCUGUAGAACAUGAGGUCGCGGUAGAGAACGCAUUACCUGAAUUCCACAACGACGGAUCUUUCUGGAAGCUGAAGGACACAGACGCUGAACCAGCAGAGGGUGUCGUGCCGGCGGAGAGAAGGUUCCAGGAGAACGAGGAUGCCGACGUAGCCUUGGUGACGGGAAACUACAAGGCUGGAGAGGAGAUGGAGGUCACCGUGGAGAUGGAGGUCGGAUCCAGGAGGGACAUGAACACGUUUUUAUCAGAACAAUCAGAGACCAAAGCCUUGGCUGGUGUCUCUGAAGAAGAUCUGAAACCAGUGACAACUGGACCGGCUGAGAUGGAUGAAGCCAGGAAUGCGUCAGCAGAGACUGGAUCACUGGAGUCCUCAGAAGACCUGCUUCAGAGCCUGAGCGACUCUGGAUUAGCAGAUGAUCCUACCGAUACAACGGCUGGAUUAUCGGACGAGAUCGAGACUGACUCAGCAGAUGAAUCCCUGGAAGUGGAGGCCAAAACAACAGGAGGUGGAUUAUUGGAGGAGCUGUUUGAGACUGGAACACUGGAUGUGAGUGCAGAAACCAAGGAGGCCAGAUUAUCAACAAAAACCAAAACAAGAGAUUCCGAAAUUGUUAGAGAGCUAAAGGCUGGAUUAUUCACAGAGAUAAAGGCAGUGUUUGCGAGUGAGUCAGCUGAGACUGAAGACUGUUCUCCAGAGAAGAUAGAGAGUGUUGUCGUUGAAAGAGUGGAGGGUGAAGUGAGGUCAACACCAGGAACAGCAGACAGUGUGAAGGAGAGAGAUGAGGUAGGGGCAGAACCAGAGCAGGAUGUCCCCGGAGUAGAGGACUUCUCAGAGGUCGAAGGUAAAGCAAGACUCAGUCCUCUAUCAGGAAGUAUCUCUACAUAUCAAGAUCUACAACUUCAGUUGGAUGCCUCCAUUUUGGAUUUCACUGCUCAAAAGUCUAAAAUAAGAAUCAAGAACCGUCAUGUCCGUCCUCCCAAAGACCCCCGCACCCUCCUCCUCAAGCCCUCCCUGACCCCCUCCCUGGCCCCCAAACCCUCCCCACGUGCACCAGUCAGAGGCCUGCCGAUGGGACUGGGGGGCAUUGGGAUCAAACUUCCUGGGUUUGGUGAAGGACCCCCUGUGCUGAGGAGGACCCAGAUGGGAGUGAAGGGCGACCACGACUCAGAGAACACAGCGCAGAGCAAGGCAGAACAAAAAGGAGGAGAAUCUCUCAAGCAGGAAGAAGCAAACCCUAAGUGGACAACACCUCGACACCCAGGAUUUGGGAAUCCACUUAUGAUGUCAGAGCUCAAGAAUAAACUCAAGAAGACACAAGACUGAUUCUGAACUUUUGCUUACUGGCUUACUUCACUGUAAAAUGGCUUUAUGUUGAAAAAUAAUUUUAAAUUAGCAAUUACAAUAGCCUAUAUUUUAUGCCGUAUGUGCCUGUCAUGUCUGCUAUGAAAUAAGAAUCCAUUUUACAAGUUGAUUUCUGUAUUUUUCUAUUCAGUGUUAAUGAAAUAAUGAACCUCUUUGA